AUAGAAAGCCAACUUACUAGAAGAGCACCUUCAUCGUAUUCUGAUGGUGUUUACAUGAUGUCUGGCAUUGAUCGUCCAAAUGCUCGAAAAAUCAGUUUACAGAUUUUAAAUGGUGAAGAUGGUCAAGGAUCUAUUCGUAAUCUGACAGCAUUGUUUGCUUUCUUUGGUCAAGUUGUAACCUCAGAAAUACUAAUGGCGAGUGAACCUGGAUGUCCCAUAGAAGUGCAUCGAGUUAAAAUUGAUCGUUGUGAUACAACUUACGAUAGAAAUUGCAAAGGAGCUAAAUAUAUGCCAUUCCACCGAGCUCUUUACGAUUCUAAAACUGGACAAUCUCCAAAUAAUCCUAGAGAACAGUUUUCAUUCGUUCACAAGCAUAACUCUUGCUUGUCUCAAUAACAGAAUUGAAAACGA